ACACCUUCCCCUUCUGGCACAUGCACACAUUUCCAGCUGCAAACCAACACAGGCCCCCAUCGUCCUGUUCGAGCACUGGGGCAGAGCGACUGCCCUCUGCCUCGAGAGACUGGAAAUCCACAUAAGAACAGCACAGAGACAUGGAGACGGUGGCGUCUCAUCUCCUCAGCUGUGCUUUCGCUCUCCUAACUUAGUUUCCCAGUGAGUGUGGGGUCAGCGGGGGCACGCGGCCAUGUCUCUUCCACUGGAUAUACGCUCUGACCACAAAGACCCCUCGAUGGGGACGCUGGAGAAACAACUCAUCUGUCCCAUCUGCCUGGACGUGUUUACGAAACCAGUCGUUAUUCUGCCCUGUCUGCACAACCUCUGCCGCAAGUGUGCCAAUGAACUGUACCAGCCAUCUCUCUUCCAGGUUGGAAUUGGAGGCCGUUUCCGUUGCCCUUCCUGUCGGCGUGAGGUUGUCUUGGACCGUCAUGGAGUUUAUGGACUUCAGCGCAAUUUACUUGUGGAGAACAUUAUUGAUGUUUACAAGCAGGAACUGCAGGAGUCUGAAAGCUCUAGGCCUCCACCACCAAAGCCUCUUCCACAGUUUAACUGUGCAGACCAUGAAGAUGAGAAGCUUAAUAUUUAUUGCAUCACGUGUCAGGUGCCCACCUGCUCUCUCUGUAAGGUGUUUGGGGCACACAAGAACUGCCAAGUAGUUCCCCUGCCUGAUGUUUACCUGCAAGAGAAGGCUGAACUAAAUGACAGAGUUGCUUCUUUGGUUGCCACAAAUGAACGUGUUCAGUCAUUUGUUAAUGAACUAGAGGCACUCUGCAGGAACAUAGAGGAAAACAGCAGGAUUCAGAAACAGAUUCUGUGUAAGAAGUUUGAUCGCAUGUCUGCCAUUCUGGAGGAACGUCGUAAGAUCAUGACCCAACAAAUCACUUCUGAGCAGAAAGAAAAGAGUGGCUGGACCCAAUCUUUACUGCAAACCUACAGUGAGCAUGUGGACACAAACUCAAAGUUGAUCCAGGAAGCCCAGAAUGCCAUAGAAGAGCCAGAGAUGGCUUCUUUUGUCCAGAUCUCAAAAGAUCUUAUUGUGAAGGUUGGUGAAGCAUCUAAUUGCUUCACUCUGGAGACCCUGGAUCCUGAUUAUGAGAACAUGAAUCACUACAAAGUGGAUUUCGAUGCAGAAGAGAGAGUUCUGCACCAGAUGGAUUUCUUGGAGAUUGAAGAAGAGGUGGAGGAAACGCCCGAUGAACAAGAGUCAGAACCUGAAUCUGAACCCGAACCAGUUCUGACACCAGAACCUGACCCUGAACCAGAUCAGGAUCUGAAAUCAGAGGCUUCUGAGAUGACAAAUCCAACACCGGAGACACCGGAGACACCGGAGGACAAUUGGGAACAAGAAGGUGGCUGUGGAGACAUCAGAAAAGAGGCUGUUUGUGAGAAGAAUAGCUUAAGCACUUCACAGGUUGUCACUCUAGCCCUUUAUUUCCUGGCCUUUCUGGUCAUCCUACAGCGAAUAUGGGGAAGCAUUCAGUGCCUUACUUGUAUAUAGCAGAGGAAAAUAAAGUCACUUUACCUAAUUUUCUGCAGACUGGCAAACCUGUGAGCUCCGCUCUAGAAGG